AUGCGCAGCAGCUUUUCGAGGGCAAAGCGAAAAGCAUCAACAGAACUUUUAGUAAAAGGAGUCUGGACUGCAGCAAGAGCAGCAGCAAAAAGUGCCACCAGCAGCAAAACGAAAGGAAACAGCUCGUUGUACUUGAAGCGCACCAAAGACGGCAGCUGCAGCUGCCGCAGCAGCUGCCCCCGCAAAGUUUCUGCCCCUGUCCUUGUGGCUACGCCCCAGCAGCAGCAGCGCAGCAGCAGCAAAGCAGCAGGGUCUCCGAUUUCCUUCUCCGCCAGCAGCAGCCCGCCUCUCGCUGCUGCUGCUGCUGCGCCUCCUGCGCCUCCUGCUGCUGCUGCUGCCGCUGCUGCUGCUGCUGCUAAGGCAGCCGAGGAAGGCGCAUCGCUACCCAGCAAAUCAGCUUCCAGGCUGCUGCUGCUGCUGCAGUGCACCACUCGAGAACCUUCAAAGAUGCAGCAGCAAGACAAACCCCCCAAGCUCAAGGGG